GACCCGGGCCGGGGUCUUCGGGGAGCCGAACCGAGGGAGGAAAGGAACUCCGGUGUCUUCUGUUUCCCGCGCGCCUCGUGAUUCGGCAGUCUCUCCCCUAGGAUGUUCCGCCGGGAGAGCUCCAUCCCCCUUCGAUGCUCGGCUGCCGCCCUGUGCAACAACCUCAGUGUGCUGCCACUACCUGUCCACAACCUCACACAUUUUGGGGUAGUCCAUGGACCCAGCGCCCAGCUUCUCAGCGCUGCUCCUGAGGGUGUGCCCUUGGCCCAGCGCCAGCUCCACGCUAAGGGGGGAGCUGGAGUGAGCCCUCCACUUAUCACCCAGGUGCACUGGUGUGUCCUCCCCUUCAGAGUAUUGCUGGUGCUCACCUCACAUCGAGGAAUACAGAUGUAUGAAUCUGAUGGCUCUGUCAUGGUCUAUUGGCAUGCGCUGGGCUCUGGAGAUGCCUCUCCAGUACAGGCUGUGUUUGCCCGAGGAAUUGCUGCCAGUGGCCACUUCAUCUGUGUGGGAACGUGGUCUGGCCGAGUACUUGUGUUUGACAUCCCAGCCAAGGGUCCCAACGUCAUACUGAGCGAAGAGCUGGCUGGUCACCAGACACCAGUCACAGACAUUGCCACGGAGCUUGCCCAGGGACAGGACUGCGUGGCUGACGUGGUGACGGCAGAUGACUCAGGCUUGCUGUGUGUCUGGCGGUCAGGGCCUGAAUUCAAAUUAUUGACCCAAAUUCCAGGAUUCGGGGUCCCGUGCCCUUCCGUGCAGCUGUGGCAGGGGACUGUGGCAGCAGGCUAUGGGAACGGGCAAGUGCGUCUGUAUGAGGCCAGUACGGGAAUUCUGCAUGUCCAGAUCAACGCCCACGCCCGGGCCCUCUGUGCCCUCGACCUGGCUCCUGAGGUGGGCAAGCUACUCUCUGCAGCUGAGGACACCUUUGUACACAUCUGGAAGCUGAGCAGAAGCCCCGAGAGUGGCUCCAUUGAGGUGGAACACUGUCACGGUGAGUGUGUACCUGACACCCAGGUGUGUGGUGCCCGAUUCUGUGAUCCCUCAGGCAGCUCCUUUGCUGUGACUGGCUAUGACCUCGCUGAGAUCCUGAGAUUCAGCAGCGUGUGAGAGAAAAGCAGCCCUCCUUUCCCCCUGUAGUAUUUAUAAAGUACCCCCUCCACCCAGCCCUUGUCUGAUUACUCGGUAUCACAGUUAUACUUCACAAUAGUGAGCUAAGCUCCAGGGAUGAGGGGAUGGGGCAAGUCCAGACCAAGCAGAGAGGCAACCUGUCCUCAAGAACCAGGUGAGGGCUGCUGUUAAAUAACUUUAAUGGUUGAUGUGGGAGUCACAGGGAAGUGCAUUCCCUCCCGGGGCUCUUCAGUGCCAUCCUCAAAGCUGGUUAGUGCAGGGAGGGAGGGCAGGGUUGGUUCCAGUUUUCUCCCAGGAAAGGUUGAGGGGUUCCCAGCCAGCCCCGGGAAUGAGUCCCUCAGCACCAUGGCAACCACAGCUUAAGAGGAGCUUCUGUUCCCUCUCUCUAGCCUACCCCCAGUCCAGCAGAGGAGGGGGAGGCCAAGCUGGCCAACCUGGACAGUGCCAUAUCCAGAACCCAGUUGCACACAGGUCCUCUCUUCUGGUCAGAUCCUGUGGCCAGCAUUUUUCUCUCUCACACUGGUGACUGGAGCCAAGUGUGGGGCGGGCCUUUGCUGCAGAGUCCUCUGGACCGUGGGGAUCGCUGCUGGGGAAGAGGGGCCACCGAGCAGGAAGCCCCAAGGGAGUGGUCUGGGGGGACAGCAUCCAGGGAGAACGUUCG